CUCUCCUCUCUCUUCACUUGUCUCCCAUCAUCACUUCCCCCUACACCUCUAAUGUUUUCCCAUAUCUACUCCAAACUCUAGCCCAGUUGAAGUAAUUGAUGGAGUGGAGGAAGGACACAUUCACUCGGUAAAGGAGCAGCAGCUGUCAGCAAAAGAGUUGCAAUAAAGAAAAUCGCCCGAGGGGGAUUGAAGCAGACGGAGAGCAGCGGAGAUAGGCGAAGGCGAAAGAAAGGGGAAGACCGCUUCAGGUGACCGAGUCACGAUGGAGGCGCGCGGCAUGAGUGAUUAGGGAGCACCGCUUGUGGAAAGCGCUCGCUUUGUUCAGGUGGAUUACAAAGUGAACAAGCAUCAGAACUGACCGGGACCGCCUUUGUCUUGCUAUUUCACUUUGACGGAUUAUCUCACAAUCAUGAACGUGUCGCCCCCGGACCGCAGGAAAAACGUGCUGCGAGAGCUGGCUUUGGAGAUUGGCAUCCGAGUUCUGCUUUUCGGAGUUUUUGUAUUUACAGAGUUUCUGGAGCCCUUUGAGAGAGUGAUUCAACCAGAGGAGCUUUGGCUCUACAAGAACCCUCUGGUUGAGUCAGACCACAUUCCCAAGAGGGUCAUGUUCGCAAUUUCAUUCCUCACCCCGCUGGCGGUGAUAUUUGUGGUGAAGAUAAUUCAGAGGACGGACAAGACAGAGCUCAAAGAGGCAUGUUUAGCUGUGUCCCUGGCCCUCGCCCUGAAUGGAGUCUUCACAAAUACUAUCAAGUUGAUUGUUGGCAGACCCAGGCCCGAUUAUUUCCAGCGUUGUUUCCCAGAUGGACAAGUAAAGGGGGAUGCGAGGAUGCUGUGCACUGGAGAGCCAGAUCUAGUCUCUGAUGGACGCAAGAGCUUCCCCAGCAGCCAUUCCUCCUUUGCAUUCUCCGGACUCGGCUUCACCUCCUUCUACCUGGCGGGGAAGCUGCAGUGUUUUACGGAUCAAGGUCGAGGGCGUAGCUGGCGUCUCUGUGCCAUGGUGCUGCCUCUCUACAGCGCUAUGAUGAUUGCACUGUCCCGGACCUGCGACUACAAACACCACUGGCAAGACGCCUUUGUUGGAGGAGUGAUCGGGUUGCUGUUUGCGUACAUCUGCUAUCGCCAGCACUAUCCACCCUUUCUGCACACGGACUGCCACCUGCCUUAUGCCAGUCUGGCUGCUGCCGCCCAUACGCCCUCGCAUCCCCAGGACGACCCGCUGCCCACUGACAAUGCCACCACCCUUCCCCUGGAGGGCUUGACUGAAGGGCCAGUAUGACUAGUGUCCACCACCGAGACUUCCCCCAACACCCUCACCAAGCCACUGAACCCACCUCCCCAUUCCCAGUGACUGACUGGCUCUUCUAUACAUUCCAGUGGACAAUAAUACACCUCACCCAUCUCCAUACUGUUGCACCCUGUCUCGGUGACACCUACAUUUUUUUUUCCGUUUGUUUUGUUUUUUAUUAUUAUUAUAAUAUAUCUGGAUCUUGCUCAGCAGCCGUGAAAGUCUAUAUUUAGAUUUAUCUACGAAUAUGGGACAUCACCGCUGAGAGGGAAGAGAGAAAAUCAUGUUGAAAACCAGAGAAAAAAAAGUCUUACUAAUGGCUGUGAAGGAAGAUGAAAACAUUGCUAGUUUUUGCUGGGAUUGUUUUGGCUUAAUGAGAAAUGUGGUUGGCAGGUUGUUUCAUGCUGGAGUAUAUUUAUUGUUUGGCUGUUAAAGGAUUGGAACAGCAGGUUGGGGAGACUCCGAGAAAUCCCCUAAAAUGUCACAGCAAUCAAACCAUGAAAUCAAACCAGUUAAACUAUUAGAUUAUUGUAUGUUGUAUGUCACACUAUGAAACAAAUUACGAUGCUGCAAUUCAUUUAAAAUCCAAGGACUUGGGCACUGCUUUUAGUGAUUUUUGCAACAUAAUGCUAGAUAUAGAACCUACUUGUACCAAGUAAGAACCAAGUAUUCAAUGUUACCUAAUUUUACUCUUCUGCACUCACCCAUUUUUUGUUAUUCCGUUUCUCCCCAUUCUCUUGGGGGCUUGUAUAGUUUUCCAGUGCAGUCCUACAUAUCACCACUUCCCCUCUUCUCUUCUCUCCUUGUCACCAUCCAACUUUAUUUUCCACAAUCCCUGCAUUUCAGUGAAGGCAGCUCAAUGAGUGCACUCUAGUACAGGCGGGUGGGAAUGACGUGGUGAAAGUGUGUCUGGACAGGCACAAACUCAAAUCUGAUCCUGCAUUAAUCCUCAUUAAGGAAGGUCAGCCACGGCUGCUUAUGAGCGCAUUAGGACUGUAUGAGGUGCUCCACGGAUUGACUGAGCAUUGCAAAUGGCUUUCAGCCCACUGUAGCCCUACAGAUAGACAAUCUAGCAUUCAGGAGACGACAGGCCUGAACCCGGGGCAGUGAUGGUGAUGUAUUAUUCAUCCAUUAGUGUUCCAUUAUUUAUGAAAAUUUCCAGCCUUAAUUUAGGGACAUCACGUUGAAACAAACCAACAGACACCAAAGAUUUGUAGGUUUUUUUCCUGCUUGGGUUGUAUGCGACCUGUUAUGCUUUAUUAAACAAUAUGACGCACAGCCAGAUUACUGGUUCCCUAUCAACAAAGCAAUUUGUAGCCUCUUACAAGUUUUGUCUGAAAGGAUGGAUCAUUUUGUUGCCUUGGUUACUAUGACUUUUUUUGCCAUUGCUGUGACAUAAAUGGGAAGGUGCAAUCUCAGUUUACCUCUAUUGCCCAACCAAGCUACAUAGGAAGGCGACAAUUAUAUAUUUGCACUGAAAAAGUGAAGGGGGAAAAAACAGGACGUAGCACAUCAAAACGGCAUGAUAUGAAACAAGCAGCAAACCAAAUGUAGAAGGUUAUUUUGUUAUUUUAUUAUCUUGUCAGAAUGUUAGUCAAGCCUAUUUGUACAUUUGUCUCCACUGUCAAAAGACCACACGAUUUUAUGUGAAACAGCCGCACCUUCAGCUGCUGUUUGCUUAAACAGACAAAGAAAACUUCUCUCUGUUCAAAAUUCUUUUAUUAAACAUAAUUUACUCAAAUCAGUAACUGUAUCACUAAUGCAACCCAUUGGCAGCUUCUGUGAGCGUUUGCGUUCAGAUGUUGAUAAAGCCUGUCCCGCACGGAUGCAAUACAAAUUACUUUACACAGAAUGAACCCUUCACCAGAAAGGAAAAAGGUGCUGGUUAUGCACAUCAGACUCUGUGAUGGGAGAGUUGAUUGGAGAGAAACUUGUAACCUCCUGGCUGGUUCCACAUGUCUUUCAGCAGCACCGGCCUGGAGAUCUGUGACUGUGAGAUUUUGACACCUUGAGACAGAUUUGGGGAUGAAAUGAUUGUGACACAGAUGCAUUGUGUUCUAUAGACCUGCAUUCACCUGACUCGGCGGCCUGAUGUUUGUACUUCAUUAUGUAUUGUAUGUCAUUUUAGUAUUAUCCUAUUAGAUGGUGCAGCGUAUAUUGGAAAAAAUGUUGUUCAGGAGUCAUGGCUGUUAACAGUAUUUUCGCUUUAUCCACAAUGGAUGUACGUUUGCCUUCAAAUCAUUCCAUGAUUUGUUUUAAUUUGGUGCUAUAGAUACUUUUUUAGCAGUAGGUGUCACUUUUUUUCAAAUGGUGAAUGCGUCAUUUUGACAUGAAAGUUCAAUCAUUUUCUACAGAGAAAAAACUAUUAUAUUAGAGUACAUAUUUCUUUUCUUUUUAAAUCAUAUGCUCAAGGGCAACCAGUGCUUGUUGUUCUGUGGAUUCUUUCAUUUCACCUUCCCAUGGACUGAAGGGAUAAAAGUAAAAAAACAAGAAUUAUGAAAUAUAUAUUAUAUUACCAAUUAUAAUGAAUAGAUGUCUGAAGAAAAAAAAGAGUGUAAGACUUAUGAAUCUUUGUUCAUGGCAUGCCAGUUCCAUUUGUGAGAAAAGACUGUUUUCUAUGAAUAAGCAUGUCUGGCCUUGAGAACUCUUUGAGCUGUGUUUUGCUGUUCAUAUACUUUAUGUACAAUAAAGGACUGCAGCUGUG